AGCUGGGAAGUGGGAACAUGAAAGGAGGGGAAGAGGAAGAGUAGUUGAAAUUUCAUUAAUUAAUUUUAUUUUGCGUUUUCGGUAGGUAAUCAGAAUCAGCAAAUCAGCUGAUUCUCCUGCUUAUCAAUUCUGCUAGUUUGCGCUGCUACAUCGCGGAAAUUCCCAAUUUCCCAUUUCGGCAUUUACUCUUCGAGCUUACAGGUGCAGCCUUUCAAUGUAUAUGUGAUCAAAUUUCGACUCAUAAAGUCACACAUCGCGUAAAAUGAACGAGUACGAAAAAAAAUUACAAUCAUUUCGUAAACAACGAAAAAAAGAGCAGUUUCUAAAUCAGUGCAAGACUUACCUAUGGCAUCGUCCACUGUCAUCAUUAUCUUCUCUCAUUCCCAGUGGAACACCUAUAGAAACCAAAGAUUCGGAUAACACAAAUACAGCCAACUCUGCCGUUCCUCUGAUAGAGAUAGACGAUUCUUCUUCUGACAACGAUACUCAAUCUUUCAAAUCUCUUGAAACAGUGAAAGAUUACACGGAUGAAGUAGAAGCCGAAGAACCGUUAAACUGGGUUAAGUUGACAGCUUCUGUGUUAAUUUGGAUAUGUCUAUUUUCAUACAGUGUUUAUAUAGAAUUCGGAGCUAUAUUCUUCAUAUUCAGUUGUUUCUACGUGAUCUGGACCAAUACUCGAACGCGUCCUAGAAAACCAAACGAAGUAAGCGCAUAUUCAGUUUUCAAUCCUAACUGUGAACCUAUCGAAGGUACUUUAGAUGCUAAAAAACUCGAAUCUGAGAUGAUCUAUGGUAUGAUGUUCUAAUACACAGGUUGUAAUUUAUUUUGUGAUACUAUUUUCUUCGUAUUUAUUCCAAGUUAUUUUCUUCAUUUAUUUUUCUAUGUAUAUGUCAUAUUUAUUUUGACAUGUUUGUUAUUUCAUUCAUAUUUUAGGAAUAAAAAAGUGAAAAUAUUAAAAACGAUUAUUUUAAUAAAAUAUGGUAACCCAUACAUACGAAUAUAUUCAUAGAAAACAAAUAAGAAUAUAAUUAGAAAUAACAAGUCUUGCAAGAAAAUUACAAUAUUUGUAGGAAGAUACUUCUUUGCUGAGCUACCUUUGCUCGGUUCGAGGUUGAUUGUCGUAAGAAUGUUACUUUCUCUCGUAUUUCCGAACGUGACAUAUCACCGCGUAACAUUAAUAAACGAGACAGAUGAUCUUCAGUGAUAUCUGGGAAUUUAUCAACUAAGGUAUGCAAAUCUAAAGAUAAAAUAUCUAAAUCUUCGCUCUUCAGCACUUCGGCCAGGGCAGUAAUCGCAUCUAAAGGAGAAUUAACUCGAGUUGUAACAUCAGGAGC